AUACUCCGAAAACCCGCUUGGAUUCUUUUUAAUCAUUCCUAAUUCUGUCCUCGUUUUUCAUCUUUACUAGGUAACUUCACUCAUAUUUUGUACAUUAUCUUACCAGCUGUGGAGCCCUUAUACUGCUCAUCGUUAUGAAUCGCGUCUGAGGCGCCGCUUGGUCCGCAUUGCCACCUUCUCCCGGCUAUUUCUGGGCAACGGCGUCUUGUUGAAGUGCAGAGCUUAGUCUAAAUAGACUCGCGACUGUGCCUUGGAACAGAGAGUCGUCCUCCGAACAUUCAUAACUGCAUUGCUGGACUGGGGAGCAAUUUGCGGCACCGCCAUGGAUACAUUACGAACUUUAGUUUGCAACGCACCCGACUGGGUUAAGCGACUUGAUGAGCUCAAUGGGCAAAUCGAACAACGCCAGCUGGAUUUGGCGAACCUAGCCAAGGCUGAAGGCCAGAAGCCUGGCUCCCCUACUCGUUCCCUUAGGAAUAAGGGUUCGACAGAGUCACUUAAGCCCAAAGACGACGGCGAGGCUUUCCCAACACCCGAAGCGCCUCGCGGCUUGUCAGCCACUCCGGCGCGAAAUUCUCUAAGCCAGCAGCGGCAGAAAUCACAAGUACAAGAACCAUCAACGGCAGAUCGUUCGAACCCGGAUAGCGACCCGAAGACACCUUCAUCGAUCCGACGACAGACAGAAGAAGUAGCUGCGACGGCGCAAAGGCGCGCCCGUGCGGUGCUCCGAAAAAAACAGAAGACCGACUCGAUGGUCAGUGCUGAAGGUCCGGUACCUACCUACAGGAGCAGGAGUAUGAUCAUAGUUUAUUAUGACAGUUUCGUGCAGUCAUUUUUUGAAGAGCUUGUCAAAUUUGUAUCGGCCCAGAGAAAUCAGAUGCGCAAAGCGAAGAUGGCAGCCAAGGUUGCAGAAAUCAAACGACUGGCGGAACUCGAAAUGCCGGACGAUGACGACGACGACGAUGACGACGACGACGAAACACUGCAGCCAGGCGAUGCGCUUAUCGCGGCAGACCCAAAAAUCUCCGCCAAAUGCCAGAGGAAUUAUGAAGCAGAGGACCUCAAACUGCGUUAUAUGAGUACCCGCAUCAUGGGCCCUGCUCAUUACCGACCGCCAAACGCAGGCUAUGUGCAAAUGAGAGGCACCUUAACAGAUAGCGGGCCUGGAGUGCUCAACCGCGGUGUCGGAGCUCCCGAUCAAUCGUCCAGUGAUAUAUAUGACGAACUUGAUAGAGCCUUGGAAUUUGUGCAGGGUAUGUGUGAGCGAGCUGCUCAUCAGUUCCUGCGCGAUGGUGAUUGUUCGGAAGAGAUUGAAAAGAUGAAAAGGCGGUUGAAUAAUGCUCAUGAGACAGCCGCCAAAGAGGUUGAGCGGCUCGGGAAAGAGAAUCCGGACAGUCUCAAACAGAGCGUGUCACAAAACCCCCGUAGCUACCGUCCUUCGACCAUGCGUCGGGGCCAUGGUGCGUCCAUUCCUCCUAAGAAGAUAGUGAAGGUGGACGUUGACGACGAAGGUAUUGAAGAUAUGUGACGAAUCCUGUAUGGCGACUCAGUAUCGGUUGAUCGGCAGGAUUGAGUCUUUCACCUGCUACAUACUCAUGAGUCUCAGUAUAUUUUUGGCAGAAACAAUACUGCUUACUGAACCACAUCAUUGUUCAUAGCUCCUUGGAUUCGAGCAUGGCGCCGGAGUUGGUGUUUCCCAUAUUACAGUCGGGCAUAUACAGCAUAUA